AUAAUAAAACUAUUUAUACAGAGUAUGCGGUCAUCAAACUCAAAUUUUUUUUUUUGCCGAGGAAUUCUUUAUGGUUUUAGAGUUGUCUCUCUAUUUGGGUAACCUACUUGUUUUUUCUGUCCUGCACGUGACCCUUUUUUUAGCUGUCUUUCUCUUUUCACUCUUUUCUCCCAUCUCCAAGAACCUUUUUACUCUCUCUCUCAUCUCCACUCUCUACUACUACCAAGUAGCUAUCCCUAUUCCUCCCACUAUCCUACUCACCACCUUCCUUCCAUUUCAAUUUCAAUUUCAACAUCAAAACUAGAUCCCAUCUUAAUCUAACCAAUUAAUGACUCCCCAACCCUCUUUCUCUCCUCAUUCAUCACCAUGUCUCCACAACAACCCAAACCAUUAACCAUUCCCUUUCUCUCCUUCCUCUCCUUCCUCCUACUCCUUCUCCUCUCUCCCACACCCACACACACACACACACACACACACUCAUGCUCUCCCAACAACAAAACAAAACACCCUUGCCCUCCCUUCCCCAACUCCACCCCACCAUUCCCAUUCUCCACUUCACCAGGCUGUGGCCACCCUUCAUUCCAACUUAACUGCUCAACUCCUCACUCUCUCAUCACAAUCAACAACCUCUCUUUCUCCAUUCUCACUUUCAAACCAAACUCUUCCUCAUUCCUCAUCUCCCCUUACACCCCCAUUUCUUCACAUUCACACCCCCUCAACAACACUUGCCCAUAUUCAACUUCUUCAAUCCCUAGCACCCCAAUCAACCUCUCAAAUUCCCCUUUUACCCUCUCAGAUGAAUCAUGCUCGCGUCUCUCUUUUCUCCAAUCUUGUUCCCCUCCAACACUUCCUAAUUGUAGUAGCUGCCAUUAUCAAUGCAAACUCAUCAAAAACCCUUCCGAAAUUAUAACCGAUUGUAGAUCUUUUCACCACUCUGUUUCUGAAUCUGAACCUAGUUGUCAAAGCGAUGUUCUUGGUUACCUCAACGAAAUACUCACAUUAGGAAUCGAAGUUCAAUGGGAACAAGCAUUAACACAAGACUCUUAUUUCACAAAUUGCAGUGAUUGUAUCAACAACAAUGGCUUCUGCGGUUUCAAUUCAUCAGACCCGAACAAACACUUCAUCUGUUUCCAUGCCGAAUCAACUUUUUCACCACAGUGGAUUCGCAAAGUGAAACCUAACAAAAUCACGGUUUUCGCAAUCGUUAUCGCGUCCACUUCGUUACUUCUUUUUAUUUCAGUAACAGUUUCCAUUCUCCGAUCGAGAAGCUUAAACUCUCCGUCACCGGCGGAGGAAGAUCCAACCACCGUCUUCCUCCACAACCACCGCUCCGCGAGUCUUCUCCCUCCAGUUUUCACCUACGACGAAUUGAACACCUCCACCAACAACUUUGAUCCGAAGCGGAAAAUUGGCGACGGCGGAUUCGGAACCGUUUACCUCGGAAACCUCCGUGACGGAAAAAUCGCCGCCGUGAAACACCUCCACCGUCAAAAUCACACCGCAGCUUUCUCAACAAAAUCGUUCUGCAACGAGAUUCUCAUUCUCUCUUCGAUUAAUCAUCCAAAUCUCGUUAAACUUCACGGUUACUGUAGCGAUCCGAGAGGUUUAAUUCUCGUUUACGAUUACGUUCCUAACGGAACCCUAGCGGAACACCUUCACGGUUCAAAGAGUAAACGGAAAGGUUACUGGCUGACGUGGCAAACAAGGCUUGAAAUUGCAAUACAAACGGCGUUAGCGAUGGAGUAUCUUCAUUUCUCAGUUGUGCCUCCCAUAGUUCACAGAGAUAUAACGUCGUCAAAUAUCUUCGUCGAAAAAGAUAUGAGGAUUAAAGUUGGUGAUUUCGGGUUAUCGAGGUUGUUAGUUUUUCAAGAAACAACUUCGUCCAACGGUUACGUUUGUACCGGUCCUCAAGGUACACCAGGGUAUUUAGAUCCUGAUUAUCACCGGUCGUUCCGGUUAACCGAGAAGAGUGACGUGUACAGUUUUGGUGUUGUUUUGCUUGAACUAAUUUCGGGACUUAAAGCGGUGGAUUAUUGUAGAGAUAAACGUGAGAUGGCACUUGCUGAUAUGGUUGUUUCGAGGAUUCAUACGGGUCAAUUGAAUCAAGUACUUGACCCGGUUCUUGAUUUGGGUAACGACGGUGAAGCGCUUGACGCCGUGGCUGCGGUGGCGGAGUUGGCUUUUCGGUGUGUUGCGGCGGAUAAAGAUGACAGACCCGAUUCGAGGGAGGUUGUUGGGGAGUUAAAACGGGUUCGGUUACGGUCGUCAGUGAAUGGUGACGUGGCAAAGGAGUGAUAAGUUUAACUCCACGAGAUAAAUUUUGUCACGGUGUAACGUUGACCCUACCAUGACUAUGUUUUUUUGGGGUUAACGUUGGUGUUGUGCGCACGUGGGUGUCAAUGUCUUUAUUGUAUUGUUACUUAACGUCAAGGGAAAAAUAUGUCAGUGACGCCGUACUGGUUAGGGUAGGUUUUAAAAUGUAGGAGUCUACCCGAAUUGACUUACCUAAGAAUGUGUGUGGAUGAUAUGCAUCAUUCUAGAGCUAGCCUUGCUACUCCAAAUAUCUAUAUAUAUGGGUAAUUUUGUAAUUGUAUAUUGUUAAUACCUAUGUGAAGUACAUUUUGAAAUUAAAUUCCCUCCUCUUUUAUAUUGGAUA